GAAUCAUUGUUGGGUUUCUUCAUUCCAAAUACCAACUAUUACCAUACCAACAAUUCCUCACCUAUCAAAAACAACCUUUCCUAAUAUAAAUAUGACAAAAAUUCUUAUACUUUUCUCUACAGCAUUUAACAUUACUCAACCUCCAGUGCCAGGUAUUAACAGCAUUAGUUUUCCUUCUAUUUCUAAACCCAUCUCUAUUCACAUAACAAAACCAACUCUACCAAUAACACCUAAUCCUAACUUCACAGAUAAAAGUACUAAUACACUUAUCCCUAGUAUUACUCAACUUCCUAUUACAUCUCCACCAAGAAUAAUUCUUCCAUCGCCUCCAAGUAUUGAUAUCAAGAAUAUUUCAUUGGGUUCUUCAUUCCAAAUACCAAAUAUUACCAUACCAACAAUUCCUCACCUAUCAAAACCAACCUUUCCUAAUAUAAAUAUGACAAAUGUUCAUACACAUUUCCCUACAGCAUUUAACAUUACUCAACCUCCAGUGCCAGGUAUUAACAGCAUUAGUUUUCCUUCUAUUUCUAAACCCAUCUCUAUUCACAUAACAAAACCAACUCUACCAAUAACACCUAAUCCUAACUUCACAGAUAAAAGUACUAAUACACUUAUCCCUGGUAUUACUCAACUUUCUAUUACAUCUCCACCAAGAAUAAUUCUUCCAUCGCCUCCAAGUAUUGAUAUCAAGAAUAUUUCAUUGGGUUCUUCAUUCCAAAUACCAAAUAUUACCAUACCAACAAUUCCUCACCUAUCAAAAACAACCUUUCCUACUAUAAACAUGACACAAAUUGAUACAUAUUUCCCUACAGCAUUAAACAUCACUCAACCUCCAGUGCCAGGUAUUAACAGCAUCAGUUUUCCUUCUAUUUCUAAACCCAUCUCUACUCACAUAACAAAACCAACUCUACCAAUAAUACCUAACCCUAACUUCGCAGAUAUCGGUACUAAUAGACUUAUCCCUGGAAUUACUCAACUUCCUAUUAUACCACCACCACAAAUAAUUCUUCCAACGCCGACAAGUAUUGGUAUCAAGAAUAUUUUAAUAGGUUCUUCUUCCAAAUUCCAAAUUCAAAUACCAAAUUUACCAAUACCAAUUCCAAUUCCUACCUAUCAAAACCAACCUUUCCUAAUAUAA